CGUUUGUUAUGAUGUGUCAAAUGGCACGUAUUUACCAUCAAAAAUACCCCAGUGCAAGUGUGACAAUCUGUACGAGAAACGGAUUCUUUAAGUUGUGUGCCUUCUGUCUGUAAAAAUUAGUUAUCAAAAUGGAUAUUACUCAACUUUUCAAAGCGAGCAUUAAAACGAUUCGUCUGCGAAACAAAUCAGUUCCACCACUCGACAAAAAUCGCAUUUUGAAGAAGACUACGAAAACCGAUUUCACCAUCAAAACCCUGGACAUUUGCCAUCAAAUCACCCAGUUGAAGAAUCUACUGAUUGAAAACCGUUCGGCGUAUAUGCGAUUUGGAUGUCACCUGAAAUCGUCCACCCAAAUGACCGACGAGGAACGUGAUAUCAUCGACAGCGAAUCGGAGAAAAUAAUCGGAAUCUGUACGCAAUUUCUAAAUGAUUUGAAAUUAGAGGUGAAACGGAAAGUCUGCAGCAAACAGGAAGCGGAACACAUGCAAAACGUACUGGAGCUGCUAUCGUCGUACCUGAAGGACAUUUUCAACAUUUACAACAAACAGAAGGCCUACCGAAUGCAGUACGAACUGGAAACGUACAAAUUGCUAAAAUUGGAGUCCAAUAAAAAAUUGAUUCCGGUCAUACCGCCCAGAGAGCGUAUACGAUUGGACUAUGAUGAACCACCAUCGGAGGAUGACAACGGUAUGGAUGUGCGACACGACCGAAGCGAAUCAGAACGCAGGCGACGAAAUAAAAUGGAACUGGACGAUGAUAUUGCCAACAGGCACGCAUUAGAGCAGGAGGAAAUUAGCGCGGAGGACAUUCAAAUGUUUGAAUCGGAAAAUGUUCAACUGUACAGAGAGUUGAAAGGGCUGUCCGAUGAAGUAGAGCAAAUUGAGAAAAAUGUGGUGGACAUAGCCAGAUUACAGGAAAUAUUUACGGAAAAGGUAUCUGAGCAGAAAACCGACAUUGAACGAAUAGCCAAUACGGUCGUCGGUGCCACCGAAAAUGUCAAGGACGCCAACGAACAAAUAAAGCAGGCAAUUCAACGGAACGCCGGCCUACGCGUCUGGGUACUAUUCUUCUUGUUAGUCAUGUCAUUUAGUUUAUUAUUCUUGAAUUGGUACAAUGAUUAAACGGCUUCGCCAGCCUGUUGAAGUGCUGUGUCGUGUGCCAACUGUU